UUCCCCCCUGACUCUGCUGCUGCGCUGCCAUCAUGAACGACACGGUCACCAUCCGCACCAGGAAAUUCAUGACCAACCGACUGUUACAGCGGAAGCAGAUGGUCAUUGAUGUCCUACACCCUGGCAAGGCCACCGUGCCAAAGACGGAAAUUCGAGAGAAACUGGCAAAGAUGUACAAGACCACCCCAGACGUUAUCUUCGUGUUCGGGUUCAGGACCCAUUUUGGUGGCGGCAAGAUGACUGGCUUCGGCAUGAUUUAUGAUUCCUUGGACCAUGCGAAGAAGAAUGAGCCCAAGCAUAGAUUGGCGAGACACGGCCUGUACGAGAAGAAAACUUCGAGGAAGCAGUGGAAGGAGCGCAAGAACAGGAUGAAGAAAGUCAGGGGCACCGCAAAGGCCAACGUUGGUGCUGGCAAAAAGGAGUAAAGAUUCUGCAGUGACUUAUAUGGUGAUUGUGCAGAUUUUUU